AUGAAGCUAUCGUCCAUCAUCAGCUUCUGGGUCGCGGCCCUCUUCAGCUUCGCUCUCGGAGCUGAGGUUGUCCCUCGAUCAACCCUUAAGGAAGUCACCAACUUCGGCAACAACCCCACAGGAACUCGCAUGUUCUUGUAUGUCCCCAAGAACCUGAAGCCAAACCCUGCCGUGGUCGUCGCUCUUCACUACUGCACCGGUACUGCCCAGGGUUACAUGCAGGGCGGCAAGUGGCACACCAAUGCUGAGAAGUACGGAUACAUUGUCAUCUACCCUCAGACCCCUUACACCCCUGGUAACUGCUGGGAUGUCUCUUCCAAGAUGACCUUGACCCAUGAGGGCGGUGGCUCCAGCACUUCCAUCGCCAACAUGGCCAAGUUCGUUCUCAAGGAAUACAACGGUGAUUCCAAGAGAGUCUUUGUCACCGGUGAAUCUUCAGGUGCUAUGAUGACCAACGUCAUGGCUGCUACUUACCCCGAUCUCUUUGCUGCAGGAAUCGCCUAUGCCGGUGUCCCUGCUAGCUGCUUCAAGAGCCAGGCUAACCAGCCUGCUGCUUGGAACUCGGAGUGCUCCCAGGGCAAGAUGAUCAAGACUCAACAGCAAUGGGCUCAAAUCGUCAAGGACAUGUACCCUGGCUACAACGGAGCCCGACCCAAGAUGCAGAUCUACCACGGAACCGCCGACCCUACUCUCAACGUCCAGAACUACUACGAGACUAUGAAGCAGUGGUCUGGCAUCUUCGGAUACUCUUCUACUCCCAAGUCUACCACUCAGAACUUCCCUCGCAGCCCUUUCAAGCGUGAAAUCUUUGGCGAUAAGCUUCAGGGUUUCUUGGGUAACGGCCAGGGCCAUGGUGUUGAACACUUCCCCGAUGAGGACCUCAAGUGGUUUGGCCUUGCUACCACUAUGUCGAAGCCAACCAUCUUACUCGUUCCAGGUGCUUUCCUGGGUCUCAACCCAUACGCCACUGUUGCCCAGGCGCUGCGAGAUCAUAACUAUGUCGUAGAUGUAGUUGAUACCCCCAGUGCAGCUGACCUUAGCACAGAAUCCGUGUCGUCGUCUAAAUGGAAGGAUCUUGCAGCCCAGACGGUCGAGUCUGAUGUGAAGGCAAUCCAUGACGCCUGUGAGCGCCACUUCGAACAGGGAAGCGACGUCGUGUUGAUCGGACACAGCUACGGCAGUAUACCAGCCAUGUUGAGCAUCCAGGGUCAGACUGUCAAUGAACGAAAAGAUCGAAAUCUUGCAGGAGGUGUCGUCGGCUAUUUAAAUAUGGCUGGAUUCGCAUUCGCUGUCCGCAGCAAGAAUGCGAUGGCUUCUGAUGAAGAUCCCCCCUUCAUGCCUUAUCAUGAAUUCCAAGACGGGAUUGUAACUUUACAAGAGUCCGCCAAACCUCUCUUCUUUAGCGAUCUGACACCUGAGAAGCAAGAUGAGAUUUGGCCGACUUUCCCAAAGCAGCAAAGCUGGGCAUGCUUCCUGCACAAGGCAGACUUUAUUGACACGGACAUUACCAUUCCCAAAGCCUAUCUCAGAACAGGCCUUGAUCAAUGCAUUGCUCCUGCGUGGCAGGAUGGUAUUAUCGCAGCUGGAGGGUACGAAACAGUACUGCAUAUGGAGACUGGACAUUGUCCUAUGGUCAGUGCUCCAGAGCAGAUGGUUCGGGUUGUGGAGGAGUUUGUUAACAGCUUGAGCGACAAGUGA